ACGACCGGCGCCCACACCUUGGACUACUCAUACUAUUUGCCUCGCUAGACAGAUAUCGCUUGCUGGCCUCGAAGGUAUCGAAACCUAGAACGAGAGCAGCCGGCGAACCACCGCUUCGACAUGGGCCUCCAGGAGGAGUUCGAGGAGUACGCGGAGAAGGCCAAGACGUUGCCUGACUCAACGACCAACGAAAACAAGCUGUGCCUCUAUGGCCUCUUCAAGCAGGCCACCGUCGGCCCCGUCAACACCGCCCGUCCCGGCUUCUUUGACAUGGCCGGCAAGGCCAAAUGGGAUGCUUGGAAGGCUGUGGAAGCAAAAUCCAAGGAGGAAGCAAUGACGGACUACAUCACCAAGGUGAAGCAGCUGCUGGAGGAGGCAGCUACUGCCGGUGCAUCCACUUCUUAGGCUAAGGCUACGAGCUACGAAGGACACAACCUACCUAUUUUAUCACAUAUAUAUGAGCUGCGAGUAAAUAAUAACAGUUAUUAGUUGUUGCUAUUUGUCAAGAUUACUGUUCCUGGUGUGAACAAAUAAUUAUAUUUCGUGAUUAGAUCA